GCUAGUCGCACCUGUUACCUGUGUACAUGUUUUGUACAGUUUUAUUACUUACUGUUUUAUAUUAUAUGCACUGUUCCUUGUUUCCUACCAUCAGCAGGAUUUCUUAGCCGUUAUACACGCAAAUAAAUUAUAAUUACUUGGUUAAAUAUUUGACCACUUGUAAUGAGUUUGAAAAGAGGUGCUUUAAUAGUAAUUGAGGGUGUUGAUCGUUCAGGAAAAUCAACUCAAUGUAAAAAAUUAGUGAAAUCACUUCAAAACAGAGGAAUAAAGGCGAAGUUGAUGAAUUUUCCUGAUAGAAGUACCCACACUGGUGGUCUCAUAAACAAAUACCUCACUGAUAAAAGUUGCUCCUUGAAUGAUAAGGCUAUUCAUCUUCUGUUUUCUGCAAAUAGAUGGGAAAGUUACGACAGAAUGAAUGAUUUAUUGAACCAAGGUUUUACUCUGAUAGUGGACAGGUAUUCAUAUUCAGGAAUUGCUUUCUCUUCAGUGAAAAAACAUAUGGAUAUAAAUUGGUGUAAGCAGCCUGAAAUAGGACUCCUCAAACCAGACCUUGUUUUGUUACUAACUUUAUCAGAUGAGGAAAUGUUAAAGAGGCCUGGAUUCGGAGAGGAAAGAUAUGAGAAUAUAAAUAUCCAGAAAUCUGUUAAAGAAGUAUUCAAUAAUUUAGCAUAUAAUGAAGACAACUGGAAAGUAAUGGAUGCUGGUGGUACAAUUGAAGAUGUUCAUGAAAAAUUACUAAUUGAAGUAUUGAACAAACUAAAGGAAGUUGAAACUUCACCUCUGCAGCACUUGAACUUUUAUAAUAAAAAGUUGAUUUAGUUUAUUCCAAUUACUGAAUCUCCUAAUCAGUUGGGUGGCUUUUUUUGAAAUAUUAACUUCCAUAAUGAAUUUUAUUUGCAUUGAGACCCUCACUUAAGUCUAUUAAUUAGAAAUGUAAUGUCCAAAACCUAAAAUAUAUGUAUGUGGUCCAAGAAGACAUAAGCUUUAGGUUUCCGAUGUGGUCGAAAUAUAAUGCAGUAUGAUUUCA